UUUUUUUGUCCCGCCGGCUCGGCCCCCCGCGACCAGCCAAGGGCUAAGGCCGGGUAUUUCAGAAUCUGAGGUCCGUCUUCUUAUCACAUUUCCGGGGAGGGACGGCUAAGAGCUCCGGAGGAAAAACGGACUUUUUUUGAGGAGCAAAGCGAAGGCAGACGGUGGAUGACGAGGCAUCCCCGCAACUGCAAGUUUUCGCGCGCUUUGGCGCAGGUGGUUGUGGGUAGCGCGCCUGGGAGGGAGAAAGAAGUCGGGGGCCGUGGCGCGCCGCCCGCGGGGCCUGAAGAGAUGUUCGAGGACGAGUCCCACGCUGAGGGGGCGGCGGUGGUCGCCGCAGCUGGGGAGGCGCUACAGGCCCUGUGCCAGGAGCUGAACCUGGACGAGGGGAGCGCGGCCGAAGCCCUGGACGACUUUACUGCCAUCCGAGGCAACUACAGCCUGGAGGGAGAAGUUACACACUGGUUGGCAUGUUCAUUAUACGUUGCAUGCCGCAAAAGCAUUAUUCCCACGGUUGGAAAGGGUAUCAUGGAAGGCAACUGUGUUUCACUUACCAGAAUACUACGUUCAGCUAAAUUAAGAUUCAAGCAAUCCUCCCACCUCACCCUCCCGAGUAGCUGGGACUACAGUUUAAUACAAUUUUUUAGUAAAAUGAAGAAGUGGAUGGACAUGUCAAAUCUACCACAAGAAUUUCGUGAACGUAUAGAAAGGCUAGAGAGAAAUUUUGAGGUGUCUACUGUAAUAUUCAAAAAAUAUGAGCCAAUUUUUUUAGAUAUAUUUCAAAAUCCAUAUGAAGAACCACCAAAGUUACCGCGAAGCCGGAAGCAGAGGAGGAUUCCUUGCAGUGUUAAGGAUCUGUUUAAUUUCUGUUGGACACUUUUUGUUUAUACUAAGGGUAAUUUUCGGAUGAUUGGGGAUGACUUAGUAAACUCUUAUCAUUUACUUCUAUGCUGCUUGGAUCUGAUUUUUGCCAAUGCGAUUAUGUGCCCAAAUAGACAAGACUUGCUAAAUCCAUCGUUUAAAGGUUUACCAUCUGAUUUUCAUACUGCUGACUUUAGGGCUUCUGAAGAGCCGCCCUGCGUCAUUGCUGUACUGUGUGAACUGCAUGAUGGACUUCUAGUAGAAGCAAAAGGAAUAAAGGAGCACUACUUUAAGCCAUAUAUUUCAAAACUCUUUGACAGGAAGAUAUUAAAAGGAGAAUGCCUCCUGGACCUUUCAAGUUUUACUGAUAAUAGCAAAGCAGUGAAUAAGGAGUAUGAAGAGUAUGUUCUAACUGUUGGUGAUUUUGAUGAGAGGAUCUUUUUGGGGGCAGAUGCAGAAGAGGAAAUUGGAACACCUCGAAAGUUCACUGGUGACACCCCAUCAGGGAAACUGACGGCACAGGCUAAUGUGGAGUAUAACCUUCAACAACACUUUGAAAAAAAAAGGUCAUUUGCACCUUCUACCCCUCUGACAGGACGGAGAUAUUUACGAGAAAAAGAAGCAGUUAUUACUCCUGUUGCAUCAGCCACCCAAAGUGUCAGCCGGUUACAGAGUAUUGUGGCUGGUCUGAAAAAUGCCCCAAGUGACCAACUUACAAAUAUUUUCGAAUCUUGUGUGCGUAAUCCUAUGGAAAACAUUAUGAAAAUACUAAAAGGAAUGGGAGAGACUUUCUGCCAACACUAUACUCAAUCAACAGAUGAACAGCCAGGAUCUCACAUAGACUUUGCUGUAAAUAGACUAAAGCUGGCAGAAAUUUUGUAUUAUAAAAUACUAGAGACCGUAAUGGUUCAGGAAACACGAAGACUUCAUGGAAUGGACAUGUCAGUUCUUUUAGAGCAAGAUAUAUUUCAUCAUUCCUUGAUGGCUUGUUGUUUGGAAAUUGUGCUCUUUGCCUAUAGCUCACCUCGUACUUUUCCUUGGAUUAUUGAAGUUCUCAACUUGCAACCAUUUUACUUUUAUAAGGUUAUUGAGGUGGUGAUCCGCUCAGAAGAAGGGCUCUCAAGGGACAUGGUGAAACACCUGAACAGCAUUGAAGAACAGAUUUUGGAGAGUUUAGCAUGGAGUCACGAUUCUGCACUGUGGGAGGCUCUCCAGGUUUCUGCAAACAAAGUUCCUACCUGUGAAGAAGUUAUAUUCCCAAAUAACUUUGAAACAGGAAAUGGAGGAAAUGUACAGGGACAUCUUCCCAUGAUGCCAAUGUCUCCUCUAAUGCACCCAAGAGUCAAGGAAGUUCGAACUGACAGUGGGAGUCUUCGAAGGGAUAUGCAACCAUUGUCUCCAAUUUCUGUCCAUGAACGCUACAGUUCUCCUACCGCAGGGAGUGCUAAGAGAAGACUCUUUGGAGAGGACCCCCCAAAGGAAAUGCUUAUGGGCAAGAUCAUAACAGAAGGAACAAAAUUGAAAAUCGCUCCUUCUUCAAGCAUUACUGCUGAAAAUAUAUCAAUUUUACCUGGUCAAACUCUUCUAACAAUGGCCACAGCCCCAUUAACAGGAACAACAGGACAUAAAGUUAUGAUUCCAUCACAUGGUGUUGCAAAUGAUGCUGCAGAGAUCAAGCUGAUACCUAUUUCCAUGAAUACAAAUCAAGAGUCCAAAGUCAAGAGUCCUGUAUCACUUACUGCUCAUUCAUUAAUUGGUGCUUCUCCAAAACAGACCAGUCUGACUAAAGCACAAGAGGUACAUUCAACUGGAAUAAGCAGGCCAAAGAGAACUGGGUCCUUAGCACUAUUUUACAGAAAGGUCUAUCAUUUGGCAAGUGUACGCUUACGUGAUCUAUGUCUAAAACUGGAUGUUUCAAAUGAGUUACGAAGGAAGAUAUGGACGUGUUUUGAAUUCACUUUAGUUCACUGCCCUGAUCUAAUGAAAGACAGGCAUUUGGAUCAGCUCCUCCUUUGUGCCUUUUAUAUCAUGGCAAAGGUAACAAAAGAAGAAAGAACUUUUCAAGAAAUUAUGAAAAGUUACAGGAAUCAGCCCCAAGCUAAUAGUCACGUAUAUAGAAGUGUUCUGCUGAAAAGUAUUCCAAGAGAAUUUGUGGCAUAUAAUAAAAAUAUAAAUGAUGACUUUGAAAUGAUAGAUUGUGACUUGGAAGAUGCUACAAAAACACCUGACUGUUCCAGUGGACCAGUGAAAGAGGAAAGAGGUGAUCUUAUAAAAUUUUACAAUACAAUAUAUGUAGGAAGAGUGAAGUCGUUUGCACUGAAAUACGACUUGUCAAAUCAGGACCAUGUGAUGGAUGCUCCACCACUCUCUCCUUUUCCACAUAUUAAGCAACAGCCAGGCUCACCACGCCGCAUUUCCCAACAGCACUCCAUUUAUAUUUCCCCACACAAGAAUGGGUCAGGUCUUACACCAAGAAGCGCUCUGCUGUACAAGUUCAAUGGCAGCCCUUCUAAGAGUUUGAAAGAGAUCAACAACAUGAUAAGGCAAGGUGAGCAGAGAACCAAGAAGCGAGUAAUAGCCAUCAAUGGUGAUGCAGAAUCCCCUGCCAAACGUGUCUGUCAAGAAAAUGAUGAUGUUUUACUGAAACGACUACAGGAUGUUGUCAGUGAAAGAGCAAAUCAUUAAUGUUCUUGUUUCUAUGAUAAAAGCACUUUCAGAUUGUUCUGCAGAAAGUUAGAGCUCUGUCCUUCAAACCUUUUAGCCCUAUGGAUGGUAAAUAUUGCUGGAUUAUAAGAAAAAAAUUGCACAAAAAUGUGCUUUUUAAAAUAUUUAUCCAAAAUGUAGUUGACAGAGAUGUAUUUUGAGUUGGAUUGGAAAGGAAUAUUUUAAGUGCCUUUUAAAAAUACUAAUAGUCCAGCCAGAUGCAGUGGCUCACGCCUGUAAUCCCAGGACUUUGGGAGGCCAAGGAGGGCAGAUCACCUGAGGUCAGGAGUUUGAGACUAGCCUGACCAACAUGGAGAAACCCCAUCUCUACUAAAAAUACAAAAUUAGCCAGGUGUGGUGGCACAUGCCUGUAAUCCCAGCUACUUGGGAGGCUGAGGCAGAAUUGCUUGAACCCAGGAAGCGGAGGUUGUGGUGAGCCUAGGUUGUGCCACUGCACUCCAGCCUGGGCAACAAGAGUAAAACUCCAUCUCAAAAAUAUAUUAAUAGGGAUUUUUUUUUUUUUUUAAUGUGUGCUCCUUGAGUUAGUUUUCAAGAUGAAAUUAGGAGAAACCCCAUAACUUUUUAGCUCUAUUUUAAAAAUAAAUGUCUCCUCCUCCUGUGUUUUAUAAUAGGAUAAAUAAUCUACUUUUGGUAAGCAUGCUUUGAGAUAUUUGUAUUCUCAAUUUAAUAUUGAAGGAAGGGGUUGGUUCCCAUAGUACCUGGCCAGAGGGUUAUGUACCAGCCUCUCUCUGGCCCACUGUGGUAAUUCCACAUCCAGGUGCCACCACCAUUCAGGGUUCUCCUUCUCGUGCCUUUUCUCUCCUUGAGCUUUAUAAACAGAUUUGUACCUGAACCCCAAUGCUACACUCAUCCUUGCUUUCCAGCCCUAAGCCAUCUCAGCCUGAUGUCACGACCCAAUAGAUGGGCACUUUCUUCUUUUGUAAACUAUUAUCAUUUUGGUUUCUGCGACAUUAACUUAAUUAUAUAUGAUCAUACUAACUCAUGUAGUUCUCAAAAUAGGCAGCUGCUUCUCAAGCCAGUAGAAUAAAAUUCAGUUAGUUAUUAAAAACAAAAUUCCUGUUAGUAAGGUAACACCAUGAUUAUGUGUGUUAUAUACUAUUUUUGAGAUCAUAGUAUCAGUCAUUCUCAAUAUCUGAAUCCCUAAGAAUAUUUUAAACCUUUUAAAAACCACAUAAAUAUCAUCUUAUGCCUCAUAAUUCCAAUAUAUUUAAUACAUCAGUAAAAUAGCUGCUUCUUAUUUCCCCCGCUUUGUUCUCAGUAUAGUUAGUACAUCAUGAGUUUCCUGCUAGUGUACCACUGGGUACUCCUGAAGAUGUUUGUCCAUACUAGGGAUGCUUUUCAGUAUUAGGGAUGCUUUUUUCAGUGCUAGGGAUGCUUUUCAGUACUAGGGAUGCUUUCCAAAAUAUCACCUCUUACAUUUACUUUUUCUAGUAUGUGUCUGGAAUCCAGAGGACAUGAAAAAGCCACUUAUAAUUAAUUUUGAGAAGUUUUAUCAAAUGUUUAUGUUUCUAACUGCAAACCUUAAUUUUGGAAAGGCACAGUGUUUAACUCACCUGUGUUUAACCAUGGCUAAUUUAAAAUAGUCUAAGAUUUGGCUCUCACUAAUUAGUAUUCUCAAGAAUUUCAUUUUUCAAUUUUAAGAAGAAAAGGGAUUUUGGUCACAUUUUUCUUGUAAAUGAAAAUUACAUCCUCAUUCUUUGUGUAGUAUCUACACAUUGUUAUAAGCCAAAAAACAAAGUCUGUCUUUAAUCCUUGUACAUAUUUGUAUGUUGCUAUAAUUGUUAUUUUUAUCUUAAUUAUUGUGCAAAAUAUAAAUGAGCAUUUGUACAUUGACUGUAUAAGAAACCAUGGGCCGGGUCCUGUGGCUCAUGCCUGUAAUCCCAACACUUUGGGAGGCCGAGGCAGGAGGAUUGCUUCAGUUCCAGACUAACCUGGGCAACAUAGUGAGCCCUCAUCUCUACAAAAAAUAAAAAAAUUAGUUGGGUGUGAUGGCAUGUGCCUGUAGUCCCACCUACUCAGGAGACUGACAUGGGGGGAUCACUUGAGGCUGGGAGAUUGAGGCUGCAGUGAGCUGUGAUUAUACCACUACACUCCAUCCUGGGUGAGAGGGCAAGACCCUUUCUCAGAAAAGGAAAAAAAGAAUUCUGGACAUGUUUUUAUCAGUUUUCAGGACUUGGUAUCAAUGUACAUAAAAUGGCUAAUAAAAACUGGAAUUGAGAUUAUUGAAAAAAACUCUGUAUGACUGGAAGCAGUUGCACAGCUAUCUAAAAUCUGUCUGUUUUAAUAUCUACUUUAUGACUUUAAAAUUCCUUAGAAUAACUUAAAAGUUAAUGUUCCUGUGGUUUCCAGGGUCUAGGGGGAAAAUGAAAAAUAACUGCUUAAUGGAUACAGAGUUUUUUUGCAGGGAGUGAUGAAACUAUUUUGGAACUUGAUAUAGGUGGGGUAGUAGUUGCAUAACAUUGUGAAUUUACUAAAUGCCACUGUAUUGUACGUUUUAAAAUGGUUGAUUUUGUGUUAUGUAAA